AUGUCGGACUCGAAGGAUCAGGUUACCGUCCAGGCGACGGCCUCGGAUCCCAAUUCUACCCAGUCGCUCGCUAAAGAUGCGACUGUGGUUACGGAUACUACUCACGCCGAUGAAGAGGCGCAGGCGCCGGCUGAUGAAGUUGAUCCGCGCAAGAAGAGCUUUUUCGCGUACUUCAAAACGAAGGAAUUCUAUAUUGUCGUGCUCCUAGGUCAAGCUCUUGCGAUUAUGAACACUUCUACCAGUACCUUCACGACUCUACUCACGGAACAGGACUGGUCAAUCCCUACUUUCCAAACCAUCCUCAACUAUAUCGUCCUGACCUGUAUUUUCACCCCGUACACCAUCUACAAAUACGGAUUCAAGGGCUGGCUCCGCAUGAUGUGGCGUGAUGGCUGGAAAUACAUUAUUCUUGCAUUCUGCGACGUGGAAGGAAACUACUUCAUCGUGCUAGCAUACGACUAUACCACCAUGCUAAGCGCACAACUAAUCAACUUCUGGGCCAUCGUCGUUGUCGUCGUUAUCUCCUUCCUUUUCCUGAAGGUUCGCUACCACAUUACUCAAAUCGCCGGAAUCGUAAUCUGCAUCGGUGGAAUGGGUAUCCUCAUCGCAUCAGACCAUAUCACCGGAUCCAAUGGUGGAGAUUUCUCCAACGGCAGUCAAUUAAAGGGAGAUCUAUUCGCAUUACUCGGAGCCUCUUUCUACGGGUUAACCAACACUGCCGAGGAAUUCCUCGUUAGUACGAAACCCGUGUACGAAGUUCUGGGACAACUUUCUAUGUGGGGAAUUAUCAUUGACGGAGUUCAAUCUGCUAUCUUUGAGCGCUCCAAGUACCAUACUUCCAACUGGGAUGGUAAGGUUGGAGGGUACCUUGUUGGAUUUACGAUUUGUCUCAGCAUGUUCUACUGUCUUGCACCUGUUAUGUUCCGAUUGUCAUCUGCGGCAUUCUUUAAUGUCUCGAUGCUGACUAUGAACUUCUGGGGUGUUUGUAUCGGAAUCAAGGUCUUCCAUUAUCAUAUUCACUGGAUGUACCCCAUUGCCUUUGUCUUGAUUAUUGUCGGCCAGUUGAUUUAUUACCUGGGUCGUCGCGCUUUGGCUGAGGCGAAGAAGCCUUGGUUGGGUGAGAAUCAGGAACGUGGUGUUUCUGGUUGGUUUACUGCAAAGAAGAUGAUUCAGCAUGAUGCUCCUGGUGCUGUCCGUGAGGAGGACCAUGUCCAGGAACAGAAUGUGGAGCGUGUCUCUGAGACUGAGGUAAACACUACCACCACUACUGUCACUGCGGCCUAA